CACUGGUUAGCUGGUUGGCUUUUUAAUAAACAUUGUUCUCCUGCAUCUCUACCCUUUGGACUUGGUUCUGCAGCAGUGGAUGUUGGCAUUGCAUGUUCUGGUCCAAGCCUACCAAAUGCACACGCGAGAGCUGUUGGAGUGGGGCCCUUAGGCAGCGUGCAUCGACACAAGCGCUUUUGCCUGAGAAUCGGAGAUAUUUUUCUGAUGACCGGCUCAAAUUUUUCAGCUGGGUCUGCCAACUGAUUUGACUCGCUCAAGGGCCACAGGACCUUUUGUGCUGGUAGCAGAAUGCAAGCCAGGUCCUGAAGGAAGGUGUUAGUGCCCUCUUCAGCAGCAGCUGGACUUUAAAUUGGCUUAAACUGAUUGCGAAAUCUCAAAGUAAAAUCACUUCGGUUGAAAAAGUACAACUCUGUAAUGGUAUUAACAUAAAACAAAACCCUUUCGCCGGGGAUCCAGUUCUACAGGAAUGAGCAGAGAAGCGGAUUGAUGAAGAGAGGGAAGCAUUCGUUGCGGCGUCUUUAGAGACGCGAUUGAAGCUGUUUCAGUGCCUCAUCUUAAUCUGGAGCUUUGUGCUUCCAACUUGUGUAAUCUGGCGCUAUGCAUCCAGAUCCUGGACGCUUACAGGCACUGCUCUCUGUCGCUGUCGCAGCGCUCAUCUCUGCCGUGAGUUCAGAUUUAACUCCCCGUUUUACUUCUGAGCCCUUGUCUACUGUGCAGAAGUCUGGUGGGCCGGUUCAACUCCACUGCUCUGCCGAGCCUUCCGCGGUUCUCAUUUCUUGGCUGUUUAAUGGAGAGCGCUUGGACAGCAGGGUGGGACAAGUAGAAAUCCAGUCAGGAUCUUUGACAAUCGUCUCCCUCAGCCCGUCAACGUGUGGUUCCUAUCAGUGCGUCGCUAACAGCAGCGUGGGCGCUGUUGUGAGCAGGCCCGCAACGGUAACGAUAGGCAGUCUGGAUAAUUUUGACACCUCAGUGAAAUCUGUCAUUGCAGCAGAGGAAGGAGGUGCUGCUUUCAUUGGAUGCAAGGUGCCAGAAAGUAACCCUAAAGCACAGGUCCGCUUUCGAGUGCGGGGAAAAUGGCUGGAACAAUCAACAGAUAACUACCUAAUUCUUCCAUCUGGGAACCUGCAGAUUUUGAAUGUAUCUUUAGAGGACAAAGGAUCGUAUAAAUGUGCAGUAUACAACCCAGUCACUCAUGAUCUCAAAAUAGAACCCACUGGACGUAAGCUCAUAGUCAUUCGCUCUUCCUCGGCAGGUGUUCACAUACUUCACCCCGCAGUUUCCCAGAGUUUGGCAGUGCCCCGGCACAGUUCUCUGAUGCUAGAGUGCGUUGUCAGUGGAUUGCCUUCAGCGUCUGUCCGCUGGUUUAAAGACGGCCAAGAUGCGCUGGGUAGAGGCAGGUGGAAAAUGCUGCACUCCCAUCUUGUGACAGAUAGGCUUGAGGCGUCGGACUCUGGCAAUUACUCCUGCGUGGUGGGAAAUGAGUUUGGAGUGGCGAAAAGCGUUAACUAUUCACUUAAUAUAUUGGAACCUGCCUCAAUUUCUAAAGGACUGCAAGAUGAAACCGUGACUGUUGGAGCAACUGUGCAUUUCUCAUGUGACGUUCGUGGAAGCCCUGCUCCUACCCUCACCUGGUUCCAUAACGCAGUUUCCAUCCCUCUCUCUUCACGGCACCUGUCGACCAGAAACAGCCUGAGGAUCAGUGGCGUCACCGAGGAGGACUCUGGCUUGUAUCAGUGUGCGGCAAACAAUGGGAUUGGAUUUGUGCAGUCCACGGGGAGACUUAAUGUCCAGCUGGGCAAAGGUUCCAGGCCAGUUAUAGUUGCUCCGCCAGCAAGUGUCAGUGUGCUAGAUGGUGGGGAUGUUACGCUGUCUUGCAAUGCCUCUGGCCUGCCUGUUCCGGUGAUCCGUUGGUACAGCAGCAGAGGACUUAUUACCAGCUACCCUUCUCAAGCGCUUCGUUCAAAACCGCGGAAACCCCCUCACGCAAGACCAGGCAGCGCCGUUACAGAGCCCGCCUACUUCACCGUGUCUCAAGCAGGGUCGAGCUCCUUGUACGUUAGGAACGCGACUCCUGACCAUGCUGGGGAAUACACGUGCGAAGCCACGAAUGAACACGGCUCUGUGGUGUCAGAAGCGUUCCUUACAGUCGAAACUAGCACGAAAGCUGAAGAAAUCGCUCCUUUGGCGAUUGCCCAAAGCGACGAAGGUGACAGAGAUUUUGCUACGGCGACAGAGCUUUCAAGUGUGCCUCCAACAAAACUGCAUUUUGAUGCAGUUGCAACAGAAAAAGCCUCGAAUAGUGUGUCUCCCCCCGAAGCCCCCAUCAUUCUCAGCCCCCCUCAGACGCUCAAGCCGGACAUGUACAACCUGGUGUGGCGUUCAGGACGGGACGGCGGCUUGCCCAUCAACGCUUAUUUUGUGAAAUAUCGCAAGCUGGACGACGGCGUCAGCGCGGUGGGAAGCUGGCAUACGGUGCGUGUCCCUGGCAGCGAGAACGAGCUCCGGCUCACGGAGCUGGAGCCGUCGAGCCUGUAUGAAGUUUUAAUGGUGGCGAGGAGCGCUGCUGGCGAAGGCCAGCCUGCUAUGCUGACGUUUCGCACUAGCAAAGAAAGAACAUCAUCCUCGAAAAACACUCAGGCUCCAUCUCCACCAGUAGGCAUUCCUAAACAUCCCGUCAUUCAUGAAGGGACAAAUAAUUUUGGGGUCGUCCUUCCAGAUCUGUCUCGGCACAGCGGAGUUCCGGAAGCUCCCGAUCGACCUACUAUCUCCACAGCAUCAGAGUCAUCCGUCUACGUCACUUGGAUACCACGAGCAAAUGGUGGCUCCCCCAUUACUGCCUUUAAAGUAGAAUAUAAACGCCUGGGCCGAAACAGUGACUGGCUAAUUGCAGCUGAUAACAUUUCGCCUUCUAAACUGUCCGUGGAAGUUCGUCACUUGGAGCCAGGAGAAAUGUAUAAGUUCCGUGUGAUUGCUGUGAACAAUUAUGGGGAGAGCCCCCGAAGUGCAGCAUCUCGGCCUUACCAAGUAGCUGGUUUUACCAGCCGGUUUUCCAACCGCCCUAUCGCAGGACCUCACAUUGCUUAUACUGAAGCCAUCAGCGACACUCAGAUCAUGUUAAAAUGGACUUAUAUUACUUCGAGUAACAACAACACACCCAUUCAAGGAUUUUAUAUCUAUUAUCGGCCAACGGACAGUGACAACGACAGCGACUACAAGAGGGAUGUUGUGGAAGGUACGAAGCAGUGGCACUUGAUAAAUCACCUGCAGCCAGAAACGUCUUACGACAUUAAAAUGCAGUGCUAUAAUGAAGGUGGUGAAAGCGAGUACAGCAACGUGAUGAUCUGCGAAACCAAAGUGAAACGCACGCCAGGAGCAUCAGAAUAUCCAGUGAAAGACUUGAGCACACCACCAAAUUCCCCUGACCGGGGUGGCGGAAGCGGAGCUGGGCCAUCGAAUGGCCCGGUUCGGAGCAGUGACAUGCUGUAUUUGAUCGUGGGGUGCGUCCUCGGGGUGAUGGUGCUUAUUCUGAUAGUUUUCAUUGCCAUGUGUCUGUGGAAGAACCGUCAACAAAAUGCCAUGCAGAAAUAUGACCCUCCUGGCUACCUCUAUCAAGGGGCAGAUAUCAACGGGCAAGUGAUUGAAUACACGACCUUACCCGGCACGAGCCGUGUCAAUGGCAGCAUUCACGGAAACUUCAUAAGCAACGGCGGCCUCAGCAACGGCUGUCCGCAUGUCCAUCAUAAAGUCGCUAAUGGAGUUAAUGGGAUCACGAAUGGAGGAGCUGGACUCUACCCAGGGCACGCCAGCUCCCUUUCCCGGGCGCACGUGGACUAUGAACAUCCCCACCAUCUUGUGAACGGUGGCGGGAUGUACACAGCAGUGCCUCAGACUGACCCCUCGGAGUGUAUCAACUGCCGAAAUUGUCGGAACAAUAACAGGUGUUUCACCAAAACCAAUGGCACUUUUAGCAGCAGCACACUACCUGUCGUGCCCAUCGUAGCACCUUACCAGCAGGACAGUUUGGAGAUGAAACCUCUGAACCACGUCAUGGUGGCCAUGUGCUUAGCCUCCACGGUCCCAGAAUGCAGCGCUCGGCUAGAGGAAGACAGCAAAGAAAAAGCGGAGCAGCCCUCCGCCCAGCACUCGUGCUGCCGAGAGAACCUGAAUCAGCUCUCCAUAGAUUGCACAGAAGGUGACAGCUGCCUGCAUUCAGAAACAUCGAACCACGUUUUGAGCUGGAGUCCCCUUAUUCUGCAGCCUGUUUCAAAGGACUGUAAUGAAAAGCCAGGAUGGAAAUCAUCUGGAGUCACUUUAAACAGUUCUGGGGACCUCCGACAGCUCCAGCUACAGGAGACCUGAGGAAGUGACCGUUUUCUCCACUUAAAGCCAGUAACUGCACAGCAGCGUCACUGAAAGGGACUGAUGGAGGGAUGUUAAUUAUAACAGAGAGAGUCACUAUUUAUUUUUUGUAGUAGUGUCAUAUGAAUGUAUCUUGUUUUUAAAAUGGUUGCCUUUUUAUAUUAUUUAU